UGUGCAUCGACCCAGAUAUACACACCGCGCAGUACCUUCAUAUAUAUACCUAGGUAUGUACGCAUGUGUAUACAUGCCCUCGUGCGCAGACGGUUUCCACAUGGAACAUGCUACUAUUGUACGCGAUGCUGGUUCCCCAUGGCUUUGUUCCCAAUAAUACUAGACCCAGAGGCGCACAACAAAGAAUCAAUGGCAUGUCUCUGCGCGAUGCAAGCCUGGAUUAUUUUCAUAACCCAGAGAAAAAAGAAGAGACGAAAGCCAAUGGACGGACAUUGGUGGUUGAUUUUCACGUGCUCUGACAUCAUCUGAGACGCGAACAUCCCUGUUCUGCUCGUGCCUGCCUGCUUCAUCCGCGAUAGCUACAGCACGGCAUCUAUGAUACGCUACGUACACAACAUUGAUCCAAUAUCAUCCUCUCCAUCCUCAAACACCUCUUCUACCCUCUACCUUCCUCCCUUCUUUCACCACCAUCAUCCCUCGAUCCAUUUGCCCAUCGUCUCUCAGUAACAGGUCAGUCAGUGCAUCCCCAACCCCAGUCAGCUAGUCCCCACUCGCUUUCCUAUCUGUCCAUAGCUACUUAGCACAACCCACCCAGCCCAGCCAUCCAUCUUAUUAUCCCAAAAUCUCACCAUCAACAGCAUCCUCCCCCGACACGACUCCGCAAACACAUACACACUGGCAUCCCAGCAAAUCCCCACUCGGUGAUCCCUUAACACACCCUUCGGUGUCCCAGCCAUCAUGGCCGCCGCAAGCAACGGCCGCGCCAAAAAGCCUGGCAAGAAGCCUGCCGCCAACGGUCACGCCAACGGCCACGCCGAUAAAAACAAGGCGAACGCGUCCACUGCCGUCGCUUCCCCAUCCAAGACCACCAGAGCCUCUAGGCGUUCCUUCACCGGAACCCUUACGAGCAUCUUCGGAAGACUGGUUUCUUGGUACCUUAUCAUCACCCUUCUCUUCCGCUGUCCGUCGUCUAUUACCCAGCUAUCUACCUCCUCCCCACGAGUAUGCAAGCCUUACUUGCACACCCGCGCAUACGUUACCCCGUACCUCGACCCCUACUACCAGUCCUACGUAGCUCCCCAGCUCGAAAAGGUCCAGCCGUACGUCGACCGCUUUGACCAGCAGUUCUAUACCCCAGUCUCCACCUUUACCAAAGACAAAUACGCUACCUACGGUGCUCACAGGGUGGACCAAGCCCAAAAGUAUGCCGAGGCUGAGUGGGCUAGAACCGUGCAUCCCCAGAUCCAAAACCUGCAGUCUCAGGCUCAAGCCCAGUACAAGCAGCAUCUGGCUCCGCACGUGGACAAGGCCUCCGAGGCCGUUUCCCCCUUCUAUGAGCAGACCAGGGAGAGCUUGGCAGAGGUUUACCAUCUCAGCGUUCUUCCCGCCUACCAAACAGCCCUUCCCUAUGCUAAACAAGGUUAUGUUCAAGGAAACCAUGUAGUGACUCGCAUCAUUUUCCCUAGAGUUCUGCUUGCUAGGGACGUUGCAUGGAAGUUCAUCUCCCGCACGGUGUGGCCGCAAGUCCGGGUCCUUUAUGGCGAUAAUGUCGAGCCUCAAUUGGUCCGCAUCCAGGAGCGCCUCGGUCGCUACAAGGAUCAGCAAAAAGUUGAGUCUAUCGUCGAAGCCGUGGAAAGCGAGAGCACCGUUCUUUCCGAAACCGCCACCUCGGCCCCUACUUCGGUCAGCUCAUCAGUGGUAUCUUCUGCCUCCGCCACUUCCGAGUCUGGCUGGAAAGUGCUAGACGACUUCUUCGGUGACUCUUCUGAAUCGCAGUCGAGUCAGACUUCCACCCGCACGAAGAAGCCCCAGCCGACCGGAGAAGCCCUUCGCAAGAAACUGAACGACGAUCUCCGCAACUGGCAGUCCAAAUUCGCGACCGCCGCAGACAAGGGCGCGGAGGAUUUGGAUGUCCGUGUUACAGAGCUCACAAAGCGUCAAGUCGACAACGGCGUCAAUGGACAUGGAGCAGCGUUGCUAGUGCAGCUGGAGGAAGCUGCUGAAUCAGCCAUCGCCUCAUCAAAGAAAUCCGUUAUACAAACCGUCAAGUCCCUCCCCGAAGAGCCAACAGAGAGCGAUUUGAACACCGCUUUCGAGACGGCCAACUCCAAGACCCGUGGCCUAGCCCUGGAUAUCAAGAAGAUAUCCCAGGCUGUUCGUGACUGGAAAUUGGCGUACGACCAGGAAACGGACAAUCUUGUCAAGGCCGCAGUUGCAAGCACUGUCGAAGUCUUGGAGAAGAUCCAUGGCCUUGGCCUUCAAGAGGUUGGUAUGCGCUGGGCAUGGCUCGAUGGAGUCACUUACGACGAUUGGCAAAAAUACCACAAGCUCAGGAACACUCUUGACGAAUGGCAAGCAGAGGUGGAAGCCGUCGGAACAAUGCACAAUGGUCUCAAGGUCGCACACGAGGAAUCCGCCAAAUUGGAAGACAAGGCCAUGUCUAUCGUCUCCACCACCGUGACUGAACUUGUCCGACUGAAGGACGUUGCUAAAUGGAAAAUCUGGGCCGAGGACGCCUCUGACGACUUCUCCACCAAGGAGGUUCCCGUCAGAGUCUUCAAAGCCGCGCAACAAGCUGCUGAAAACGCAAAGGAUAUUUCUUCGAAAGCCUCGGAAGCCAUCAUCGGUUCCGAGACACCAGCUUCUGAAAGCAUCGCGUCGGCGGUCAGCAACUCCGCAUCCGCUGCUUCUUCCAAACUAUCAGAAUCCAUCGUUGGGUCAGAAACCCCUGUCGCUGAGAGCGUCAUUUCUGCGGUCAGUGAAUCCGUGUCCGCAGCUUCAUCAAAGGCUUCCGAAGCAGUCGUAGGAUCAGAGCCACCAGCUCAUGAGAGCAUCGCAUCCGCGGUAUCCUCCAAAGCAAGCGAAGUCGCCGACUCAGCUGCAUCCAGUGCCAGUAGCGGGGCUUCUGUAGCGUCGGAGAAGAUCGAUGUUGCUAAGGAGGCUGCUUCUGAGGCGCCCAAGAAAGUUUUCGGUGGUGUGAACGCUGAGGCCGUUCCUGAAGCUAGACAACCCAUUUUGGACGACAUAAUCGAUGACGACGAUUCGGACACUUACUCAGCCAGACUACAGAGCCUUUUCGCUGGCGCUGGAAGCCGUGCUUCAGAUCUGACAAGAGCCGUGAAUGAGGCCCUUCAGAAGCCGACAAAGACACAGGGAAGCGCCGAAUCAGUGACUUCUGUGGCAAGCGAAAAGUAUGCGCAGGCGGUGGCGGCAGCUUCGAGCGCGUUGUUCGGCGCCGAGCAAGGAGCUGUUGAUAGUGCAACCAGCGUUGCAUCUGAGCAGUUUGCUCAAGCAGUCACUGCAGCCUCUUAUGCCAUCUACGGCACUCCCGCUCCGACCGCUGCAUUCUACAGUGUCCAGGCACAAGCCAGCUCUCGUUACAAUGACGCCGUCAGUCUCGCGAAUGAACAGUACACGAAUGCAAAGUCUGGACUCUCAGCACUUGUCUCAGGAACUCCCAAGCCUGCUCACCAGACCAUGUUUUCCAUGAUUGAGAAAGCUUACUCCGACUCUUUGGCUGCAGCGAGCGAAAGACUGGAGGUUGCCGCACAAUACACGGAUUCGGCAAAGACCUAUGUUGCUGGCCCUACUCAAGGCUACUUUGAGUCCGUCUCUUCCAUUGCAUCUUCCAGACUUUCUGAGGGAAUCAGCGCAGCGUCCGCCCAAUUCACUUCUCAGCCCACUCCUGCUCUCGAAGGCGCAAGACGCCAGUACUACGAGGCUAUCGGUCUAGCCCACGCUAGAUACUCGGAUUUCGUUGGCGCUGCCUCCAGUGCUCUGUACGGAUCUGAGCAAGGCUAUGUCGAGUCUCUUGCUUCGGUGGCCUCCGAAUCAGCCAAGUCAGUUGCAUCCCAAAUCAGUUCUACUGUAGUUGGCUCCGAAACGCCAUAUGUUCAGUCCGUUGCUUCAGAUGCAUCUCUGUCAGCUAAGGUAGCUGCAUCGAAAGCCAGUGAGGCCGUCGAAUCAGUGGCUUCGCAGGUGAGCUCUAGUGUUGCUGGCUCAGAAACUCCCUGGGCAGAGUCGGUCGCUUCUCAGGCCAGUCAAAACUGGGAGUCUCUCAUUGCACAGGCAAGCAACCAGGUCUACGGUGCUCCUACACCUUGGGUAAACUCUGCGUACUCUCAAGCUGGAGCUUAUGCCGCUCAAGCCACAGCCCAGGCUGCUUCUCAAUACGCCUCAGUGCAGGCAUUGAUCUCUGAAUUGGUGGUCGGUAAAGAGCCCGACUUCACCGAGAGCGUCAUGCAGCGUUUCUCUUCCGCCUAUUAUACUGGAGUGCCAGCCGCUGUAUCCUCGGUCAAUUCAUAUGCUUCGGAGAACUAUGAUAGUGUAAGCUCAUAUGCUUCGGAUGCCUAUGCUUCUGCUUCAUCAGUAGUCAGCGCCGUCUUCACACCCCCACCUGCCAUCGAAACCAUUUUGAGCCAAGCCAACGAACAACUCAACGCGGCUGUGGAAAGCGCCUCAGCGGCUGUAUACGGCACGGAGAAGGGCACUGUGGAACAGGCCAGCGAGUCCAUCGCCAACGCCUAUUCUUCCGUGCAAGCCAAGGCCAGCGGGGCCAUCUAUGGCACUCAGCAGGCUCAGGACAAUUUCCUCGCCGUGGCAUCCAGCGCUCAAGCUGCCAUCAGUGAGGCCAUUUUUGGAACCCCUACAGCGAGUGGCUACGUAGCAUCGGCAACCAGUGGAGCAGCCAGCGUGAGCAGCUCCAUCUCCUCUGUAGCAAGUGAGAAGGCAGCCAGUGCCGCGUCGGCAGUCAGCUCUGCUGUGAGCUCGGCUAUGUAUGGACCCGAGCAGGGCGCCGUAGAGAGUGCAAGCAGUAGGCUUGCGGCCGCCGUUGAGGUUGCCAACUCGAAGAUCGCCGAGCUCUACGCUACAGCAUCGAAGAAUGCUGAGGAUGCAGCUGCCAAGGCGAGCAGUGCUGCUACGGCUGCCACUCAACGCGUGAAAGACGAGUUGUAA